AUGCCUGACAGACCUCCCUUUCCCUUGCGCCCAGCACAGCCCCCGGGUCCGACGUUCCUCCAAUACUCACCAGACGGCCACCGGCUCAAUGUCGCUGGCUGUGGCAAUUUCGCUCGCUCCUAUCGAACCCAUGACAAUGGCGAACCUGACAUGCUCAUGGAUACGCAUGAAGACACGCUGGCUGUCGCGUCAGGCAACGACUUCGUUGUUCUGGGCUGCGAGGAUGGAACUGUUACAGAGUACAAAGUCCCUAGCGGCGAGGUUGAGCGGAUGAUCGUGAGGUUCACAUUGCCAGUCCGAGACGUGGCCCUUCUACAAAGUGAGACUUGGGUGGCUGCUUCAAGCGACGAGAUAGAAGUGAAGGUGGUGAACCGACACAACACCGAACGACUCAUAACCCUCAAUGACCACCCCAAACCAAUCAAGCACCUCUCACCAUCACCAGACGGGAAGUAUCUUGCAGCAUCUUGUACAGAUGGCCGCAUUUACAUCUACGACGUUUCGGUGCUCCCCGAACAACCAUCCCUCUUCCGUACGAUCGACGGGGUUGCCAGACAACUAGAAACAGCACAAAUAGCCACGAGCAAGGCGGUGUGGCAUCCAGAUGGAAGAGCAUUUGCUUGCCCGACAGCAGCAAGGGACAUUCAAGUCAUCUCCGUGGCAGACGGCGCAUUCCAGCGUGUCUUCUCAGGCGGGCACAAUGGCGACAUUACCUCUCUUGCCUGGUCUCCGAAUGGCGCACUUCUCGCCAGCUCCGGCGCCGACGACUUGCUCGUCAUCUGGGAAACCAAGACCCAGCAGCCUAUCCGGAAAGACAAUUACGAGAAGAUUCUACAAGUUGCCUUCCAUCCCACUAGCGAGAAUAUUGUCAAUUGGACCAACAGUUGGGGCGAGUGCAGCAUCCAGCCCAAUUUCUUCCAGGACGAAAACCAUCUCAAGAUUCUCAAGGGACCGAAGACACGCGCACCGUUCUUCCACGAUCCUCUUGACGAGCAACGUCUGACGAAUGGUGUUAACGGCUACGCGCACAAACGACGCGCUGCUACUCCUGAUUCGUUAGAUGAAGCACUUGGUGAAUCUCCUGGUCCAAUCGAUGCCGAUCUCGAUGACUGGAUCGAGGAUGAUGACAAUGCUGGCUAUACAAACGGCGUUAACAUCAAUCUCAACGGCAAGCGCACCAAUGGCCAUGUCGACCUCCCAAUCGCCAAACGCAGCCGCUACGGUACUUUCUCUCCAGAACAGCAUGCAGCUUUCCAACCCUCUUCGACGCUGUGGCGCGGUAACCGGCGCUAUCUCUGUCUGAACCUCCUUGGAUUCGUGUGGACCGUGGAUCACGACACUCACCGCACUGUCACAGUAGAGUUCUUCGACCGCGAGAUGCAUCGCGACUUGCACUUCACUGACUACUUUGGCUACGACAAGGCAUGUCUCACCGAUCAUGGCUCACUCUUUUCCUCCUCGGCAAAGGAUGACCAAGGAGGUGUUGUAUUCUACCGGCCGCACGAAACAUGGGUCUCGCGAUCAGAUGGUGGCAACGGGAGUCGCAUCCAGCUGCCCAAAGGUGAGGAGGCAACGAGCAUUGCCCUGGGCAAGCGCCACGUCGUUGCAAUCACAAACACAGGCUAUGUGCGGGUAUGGACGCUGUUCGGAACUCCAGUGCGAAUGUGGCGGGUGAAGCAUAGCCCAGCAGUGACCUGCGCGAGCUGGGGUGACUAUGUGCUCAUUGUAGGCAAUGGGCCGGUGGGUGGCGACGGUCGAACGAAGCUGGUCUACAGUCUCGAAGAUCUACGGAACGAUGAAGUCCUCCAGACCGAGGAUGUCGUGGCUCUGAGCGAGGUUGGCGAGGAUGUGGACGACGAGUGGGGACUGCAGAGUCUCUUCUGGUCGGACGAGGGCGAUCCAUGUAUCUACGACAAACAGGGUGUGCUGCUGACCUUGAUGCACUGGCGGACACCAGGGCAAGCGAAAUGGGUGCCACUCCUUGAUACCCGGCGGCUAGAACGGCUACGAGAUGGCAAAAAGGAGGAAAAGUAUUGGCCUGUGGCUGUUGCUGGCGAAAAAUUCCACUGCGUCAUCCUCAAGGGCGGUGAAACGAGUCCGUACUUUCCUCGGCCGCUGCUCACAGAAUUCGAUUUCGAGAUGCCGGUGGGCAGACUGGUGGAGGAAGGCGCGCAGGAUGAGGAUGGAAACGAGAGCAAUGCCAAGGCUGGCUCUAGAUUGGAGGAGAGCUUCGUACGCAGUACGUUACUUUUGGAGCUCCUGCGAGACGCCGUGGAUGCACAGGGUGACAACGCCGGCCAUUCGCAGAGGACAGAAGUGGCGCGGCGGGAGAUCGAGGUAGACAAGGUCCUGUUGCAGUUGCUGGCCGUGGAAUGCCGGGAAGGCGAGGAACGAGGCAUGAAGGCUUUGGAGGUGGUGAAACUGAUGAAAGAUCGGACGGGUCGGAUGCUGGAGGCGGCUGGAAAGGUGGCCCAGAGGUGGGGUCAAGAUGUGCUGGAGGAAAAAGUGCGGGAGGUGGCAGAGAGGAGGGUUGGUGGGGUGGAGGAGCUGUAG